AAAAAAAUAUGCUUCCAACGGCCAAUUUUUCUAGACACAGCAGCACUUCUGCAAGGAUAAAUACAGGUCCAGAGGCCAGACUGAUCAGUCCUUUCUACUUGCUUCAUUUCAUCACUGCAAAACAUUGGUAAAAGAAUGGCUUUGGAGAUCUGUGUGAAGGCAGCUGUUGGUGCUCCUGAUACUAUUGGAGAUUGUCCAUUUUCCCAAAGAGCUCUUUUGACUUUAGAAGAGAAGAAAAUUCCCUACAAGUGCAACUUGAUCAAUCUCAGUGAUAAACCUCAAUGGUUUUUGCAGAUAAGCUCUGAAGGGAAGGUACCAGUAUUAAAAGUUGAUGAUAAAUGGGUGCCAGACUCUGAUGUGAUUGUUGGGCUUCUAGAGGAAAAAUACCCUGUGCCAUCUCUUGUCACUCCUCCUGAAUUUGCUUCUGUAGGUUCAAAGAUAUUCCCUGCUUUUGUCAAAUUCUUGAAGAGCAAGGAUGCCAAUGACGGAUCAGAACAGGCCUUGCUUGAGGAAUUGAAGGCAUUGGAUGAGCAUCUUAAGGCACAUGGUCCAUAUGUGGCGGCCGAAAAGAUCACUGCUGUUGAUUUGAGCUUGGCACCAAAGCUGUACCAUCUUGAGGUUGCUCUUGGCCAUUUUAAGAAGUGGACUGUCCCAAGCGACUUGACUUAUGUCAACAACUAUAUCAGGCUGCUGUUCUCCCGUGAAUCUUUCCAGAAGACCAAGGCUUCAGAGGAACAUGUGAUUGCUGGCUGGGAGCCCAAGGUCAAUGCAUGAACCAAUUCUAAGUUAUGAGUUUUGUGAACUUUAGCUAUAAAAUGUAACUGAGAACUGUGUAUGACAUCUAAAACCAAGCUGGAAGCUGGUGGUUCUGUUCUUAGAUGUUCUAUAAUAAUCUAAGCACGCGGUAUUUGCGAAUUGGCGAAUAUUUUGCAAUGGCUAGCUCCCAUCCUUUUGUCUAGCUAUAUAGGUCAUGUUCGAGGGUGACGUUGUCAGUUGCUGUUUAAGCCGGAAAAUUUAAACAAACAAAUGUGUUAAUUUAUGUAUAUAGUGUAUGGGGUGGUUUGUUUU